AUGCAAGUUAGUCCAGCAGUCCCCUCAGCGAGGCCAAACCAUAAGAGAUCAAAGAAUUUCAGUGACCAUGAAGAUGAGGUUUUGGUUUCAGCGUGGCUGAAUAUAAGUUUGGAUCCGGUCGUAGGCAAAGAUAAAAAAAGGUGGCAGGUUGCAGAGGCAUAUGCUUUGUACAAGGCCGAAGACCAACAUAACAAAGCAUUUCAAUUCAUGCAUUGCUGGGAUAAGCUGAGAACACAACCGAAAUGGCUUGCUAAACUUGAUGAAUUGGUUGCUGCUAAAACAUCUAACAAGAAGCAGAAGACAAGGCCUACUGCUGAUCCGAGUGCAACUUUACCAAGUGAAAUAGGACAAAAUGCAGUUGAAGACUUAGAUGCUAAUGCAUUGACAAGGCCAAUUGAACGAGUUGCAAAUGAAAAACUACUUCUUGAGGUGAGGAGACAGGAGGUCCAAUUGCAGAGAAAGAGGGAUGAAGAGAGGAUUAUGACCAUGGACCUUAGUGCCAUGCCAGAUGAGCAAAAGAAAUACUACAUGUGCUUGCGGGCUGAGAUCAUGAGCUGA